AUGUUUGCUGCAAAUGAUUCUGAAACAGAAAUUUAUUAUGCCUCGGAGUCACCACCCGAUCUCGACAGUGAUUUGGAAGAAAACAAUGCGCACGACGAAGAUUUAGAGGCCGCUAACGACACUAUUGAAGAUCUGUCAAACCGUCGUAAUAAUAGUGAUUUCAACACAACAAAUAUGGAUUUAGACGGGGAAUACACUUCUGAAGACGAAGAGCAACGUCCGCAUAUUUCACCAGCAACUGGACAUGCCUUUCAACGCCUUAUUGACCCUUACACUACUCGUCACCACCGUAGAUCAUCGUCACAACGUAUUCGUGGAUUCUCACCACUAAAUUCGCGGUUAUUGCGAAGGACAAACGCCAUUACUCCUUCUUUCCUUACGCAGCACGUAAAACAUAAUAAAGAGCACGGUUUAGAAAGUAUUAAUGGUGCAGGUUCAAAGGAAUUGGGACAAUUUCGGUUACCAGAGUCUAGUUUCUUACGUGCUGGGAUGACCUUUUCAGGAACACAAAAUUUAAUGAAUACACAACAACCUUCACAAAGGGAUGAGGAGUGGGAAGUCAAAGUGACUGUUCAUUAUGUAAAUUACAAAACUGGUACUGCAAUUGGAUUAAUGGAGGCUUUAAAUGUACCAAACAGCUCGAACACUGUUGUCACAUAUUGGGAAGGUGAGAUGAUUGAUUUUGUCAACCAUUCACUUUGGACGGAUAAAUGGAAUUCAACUCCCGAUAUUGAUCUUCAACAUUGGAAAAAGUUUGAUGCUUUUCGUCAAAUGGAUGUUCGAAGUAUAAUCAGGGGGACACCUACCAAAGAGUGGUUUCAAGAAGCGUGUCAAAAAUAUAUAUUUAUGAGAUGGAAAGAGCAUUACUUUGUUAAUGUGACUGCUCAAGAAAGUGGGUUAACUAUUGCAGGGUUUUAUUAUAUCUGUAUCAGGAGAAGUGACGGAACGAUUGAAGGUUAUUAUUUCGAUCCAGUAUCUACACCUUAUCAAAAGUUAACUCUCAAACCUUUAUUGAAAGGCAAUGGUUUGGGUAAGCAAGUCACUUCCCAAUUACAUUGUGAGUGGUCAGCAGAAACAUUGCCACUGCCGUAUUUGUUAUACCGUAGAAACACAAAAUUCCUUUCUUUCAAGAUGGAAGGUAACUUUCGUUUAUCUAUUGAUGAGUCAAUACUUCUGGCUCUUCUGGAGUGUUCAUAUGCUGACUCUAAGCAUGAAGUCCUUGGUUAUCUUGGUGGAACAUGUGACGUAGAUCGAUUGGACAACACUAUUGUUUGUCAUGUUAGUCAAUUCGUUGCAUCUGAAAGAGUUGUCACUUCGUUGCUGACCGAUACUGUACAAGAAGUUGAUCAAGCUCGUGAGGAUGCGAUAAAUACAUUCAAAAAAAUGGGACUUAAGUUUAUAGGCUGGUAUCGAAGUAAUCUUGAUUCAAAUUCCAAUACUAUUCCCACGCAAUAUGAUAUAAUAAAACAACAGUCAAUACAAUCACAGUACCCCGAUAGUGCGGGUAUAAUUGUAUCAAUGUCUACAAUAUCCUGUCCUCCAAUCAAUAUAAGAGGAUUAAUUUCAGAAAGAUCUAUAAAUGCAUUAUGUGUUUUUCGGACUGUAGAAACUAGUGCUAAUAAUAAUGACAGCAUUUCUUUAUCUCAAAAUGUCAAGUCAAAGAGCAGUAGAGUUUUGAAGGGUAAAGAAAAAGAGGAUUCAAAAGCCAACAAAGUUAUAUUUACCGUCAACCGACAAAUGUACAUGUGUUCAAAUGUCAUGCAACAAUUGAAUCACGCUUUGAUGACAGUUCUCCGCGAGAUUAAACAAACCUAUUCUGGUCAGGUUUUAGAUUGUGAUAAUAGGAUCGGGCAGCGAAUAUUUGUCGAUUCUCAACAUGAAUCAUUUCUUAUGAACUUUCUUAAAAAAAGUGUGCUUCAGUUUGACAGAUCUAUAGACCAGGAUUUUAGAUCUCUAGCUGUCGCCAAACAUCAUGUCAAGACACUUAUAAUGAAGCGUAUAAAUGAUGCUUUGACAACCUGUCAGAGCCAUGGUAUUAAUAACGGAAACGAUGUGCACUUGAGGCGGAGAAAACUUGAAAAAUUAAUAGAAAAGUUGGUUACUCAACGCAUGGCAAAAAGGGAAAAAAGUGAUAAAAAGUCAGAAAAUGUUGAUGAGGUAGUUCGAUGGACUAAUCCUAAAUCUUCAGAUAAUAAUCGACAGAAUACUAGUGAAGAUUUCACAUUUAACGAUGUAAAUAUGAAAAUUCCUGCAAUGUCAACGUUUCCAUUGUCAGAACGUUCAUCUCAAAAGCCUAUUAUUUAUAAAAAGGAAUCUGGACCAAUCGAUAUUAUAUCGUCAUCUAAACCGAUUCUGCCUGUGGACACACACUUAGACGACAUUACAGAUGAAAAAAUGACGGCGACAGAUGAACCUAAAGACAGGCUAACGGAUGUCGAUUGUGACACGAAGAUAACCAGAGAUACUUUGGUAGAACCUUGCAAUGACUCAUCAGUAGUUAUUCCAGUAAAACAACCUUUGAAGAAAACUAGCAAUGAUUCUUCUCGUAGCGCACCGAAUCCAAAAAGGAUCAAGCCUAAUUCAACGCCCCCACCCAUAUCUUUUGGAGGAAGCCUUGCACAAGCUGCAUCCUUUCCUGAAUCAAAGCCGUUUACUAGUUCCGGUUCUACCUCAUUGAUGAGUGGAUCUUCUACUUUUAAUUCUAAUCAAAAAAAUACUUCUACUACGCAGUUCUCUUCAUCUUCAACACAAAAAACUGCCAUGUCAUCUCCAACAUUUGCACCAAUGUCAUCAUCCUCAUCAACUCAUAAUAUGUCAAUGUCUACAAAUAAUCCAUUAAGUAUGGCGCAAACUCCAAGCAACAGGCUUCCGUAUCCACAAAUUAAUACAUGCCAGUAUCCUACAAAUUGCUAUCGACAAUUUCACAGUUCUUCUGAAGAUUUAUCUCCAAGUAUUCGUCCACCUGUUCCCUGUAUCGGAAAUAAACCUAUAAAUGGUCCUCAAGGGACUUGUGAAAAUUUACCUGGCAUUCAAGGAUUACUUGCAAUUACCCCACCUCCCCCACCUCCACCUCAGUCUCCUUUAUCAAAUGGAGUGGUGGUUGUAAAUCAAAACACUCCGGGAGUCGUACAUACACCAUUUUCAACUCCAUAUCAAAAUAAUUUUUAUUCCUUCGGUUCUUCGCAACUAUCACAGCAAACAAAUACAGGAACUCAUUCGAUCGUAACACCAAUGCCACAACAUUUACAUCAAAUGAAUUCUCCCGCAUCGCAGUCUUCAACACAAAGACAUUAUAUUCCAAUUGCACCUUCACCAACUACAACAGCGGGAAAUCGACCGCCCUUACCAUCAUCCUCGCCUGCAACUACCAUAUAUACUACCUCAAGUCACCAAUCAUAUCCUACAAAUUAUCAUGAGUGGCAGUUGUAUAAUGAUUAA